AUGACCGAUGCCGUUCAUCCUAUCUUUGAGUUUAAUGCUAUAAAAUCAUCUAAUAAGAUACAUGUUCAUACGUUUAACAAUUCAACACAGGUUGUAUGCUUCUAUGAUAACUAUUUAAGGACGGCUAGAAUCGCCGAUUCAAAAUAUAAAAGCCUGCGUUUGGACGUGAAGAAUACCGAUGAGAGUAUAUUGAAUACUUCAGGUACAUUAAUUGCCUUCUAUAAAUCGAAAACAAUUGAUGUUUUCACGCUGGAUGGAAGGAAAACUACCUUGGAUAUUGAUGAUGGGAUUAGGCAGGUUCUUUGGCAUCCACUUGGGUAUUUGGACUCAACUUUGGUCAUUUUAACUGAAAAGGAUACUGUGGAGCUAUAUGAACUUACUGAUCCUGAAUACUGGAAACCCACACUUGUUUUAAAUCACAAUCUAUCACAGUUAGGAUUAUCUUCGCAUGUGUCUGAUAUUCGCAGCAUAGCAUUUUCCCCCGAUGGAUUGACGCUAUACCUCAUGUCUGCGGAAGAAUCGGUAGAUUUAUACGCCUUCUACCCAUUGCUCCCAAGAAGAUUAUACAGUAAGGCUUCGUUAUGGGCUUCACAACUGCACCAGGCAACUGCACUUUACGAAUUCAUCGAUAAGGAUACACCCGACGAAACAAAGCUCGCUAUCAUUGAAUUCUUUGAAUUUGUAUCGAAGGUCAACCAAAUGGCCGAGCGUGGGCCAGAGAUGGUUGAAAUCACAAUUCCAGAGCACCGGAGAAAGGUGGCCCUGCAAGGUCCAUACAUGAUGGUUGGUUUCCCCGAAGAACUAUAUAACUACAGUGCAAGCCAGUUGACGGUUGUUCCAAUCAAUGAAGAUGGUGCCCAUGUCCUAAUUACAAGCUUUGAUGAGGGCACCAACCUCAUCUUUUUCCCAGAAACCACACCAAUCAUGUCGUGGACAAGACCACUACAUGAAGUAUAUUCGCUGAUUCUGAUUGAAAAGCACAAGGCUCUGGGAGCCGUUUAUCCGAUUGAAGACGGAGUCGGCAUUUUCCAUCCUCAACAAGGCGUUAAGCUGUUGCACCUACCGUACCUACGGGCCAUUGGAGAGUGCAUCAGCGAUGGCAAUUUGACGGCCAUCCAGGACAUUGCAUUAGAAUCAAAAGUGACAGCCGUGCCAGGGUCCUAUACUAAACCGGUAAUCUGGAAGUCGCCAAAGUCACCAGGCAUUCUCCUCGUGGGCGACAACUCCGUCAAAGUUGAGCACACCGGUUCCGAGAGUGCUCUUCCAGAAGAAGAGUCCGCUCUAAAGGGCAAAUACACGGUCUGCUUCCCCUCCACGCUGCACGAAAUCAACGAGGCCAACAAGCAGCUCCAGCGAACCCUCCGGCGUCCCUUGCCGCUGGUCCCCCACGACCUUAAGAACCUACCGCUGAACUCCAGCCAGAAUGAGCUCCAGCUGGCGUUCCUCACGAAAAUUACCAAGGAAGUCGUAAACAGGAUCAUCUCGGCGCAGUCCCUCGCCUACCAGCUCCAUAGCCGCGUCUCAAUCCAGCAGUACGAACUCGGCCGCCAGAUUGACGCUACUGUAAAGCUUCUGGACAGAAAAGACGCCCUGGCCGACGGCAAUUCCACGCUGCAGUCAAGACUGGAGUCCGUAGCAAAUAAAGACAAGUCCAUCAAGCGCAGACUCGACGCCCUCCACGAGACGCUGGACAAGAUCAACUCAAGCGAAAAAUUUACCCACAUUCCCUUCAGCAAAGCAGAGCUCGCGUGGUUCCGGGAACUCAGAAACCAGGUCCUGACUUUCAACGAAUACGUCAUCCAGCAGAGCAAAGCCAGGGAUGAGUUCCAGUUCCUCAAGACAGAACUGGAGUCACUGCAGUUAAAGCACACAAAGCGCGAGCCCUUCGACUUCUCUGCCCUACAGAACCUCCUACACGUAGACUCAAAGAUAAUAACCGACUGCAACGAUACACUACUGGCAGCCGCAAAGGACUUAGAACAAAAGCUAUAUAUCUAG